UUGGAAGCUUUAUUAAUUUGUCAAAAAGGAAGAAAUAAAGAAAAAGUGGGAAACUUUUAGUACAAUAGAACGAGGAGGUUUUCCGACCUAUGUUUGAUUACUUAGCCCCUAUAACAGAUCACCUCCUGAAUUGAGCAUUCUUUGUGAAGACCUUGAGUGCUGUGAUGCUUUGAUAGCAUGGUGAGAUCUAAUGCAUAUAGUGGAAUGCGGACUCUUGGUGGUGGUUUUUCUUCAUUCUGUGGCUUAUUUUACUUAUUUUAUGCACACAUUCUUUGAGUGAUUUUGGCAAUACUUCUUUCUGUAGAUUUUCAAGUGAAGGUAAUGGUUAUGACUUAGGAAAAGGAUUUCUUAAGUAUUGCUUAACAUGUGAGAUUUGGGUUUCUUGACAUGUUGAUACAGUCGCACACACCAUUGAUGGUCUUCUCUGGGCAUUGUUUUACCCUCUUCUCUGUGGAGUUCUUCAGCACUACACUCUUACAAGGGCUGAACAAUUAAAUUGUCUAAAUAGAAGAUUAUUUUAUUCUUAUCAGUUUUCAAAGAUUUUCCAGCUGUGUUUAGCUAUUUAGAGAAGUUAGUUGAACAGAGGAUAUUCAUAAUUGUUAGUAAACUUACGCUGCGCAUCUCCUGUUGAUUUAUUUCUCAUUUUGUUCGUACUUGACUUAUGAAUAUCAUGAUAUAGUUAGAAACUUAGAAUGAUAAUCUUGUCUAGAACCUUCAUCUAUAGCCUCCGAGUUGAUUUUCAUUUUUUCCUUCUUAACUUGACAGUUUCUAUUGUUGGUACUGGAAAGUAUGCUAGAGCUUUUAUUGUCAGCCAUAGGCAACAGAUUGUGAUGCUUCCUGUGGAUAAAGGAAAAAGGAAUUGAUUUAUUAUUCUCUUCAACUCUCUCUUCUCUUGAGCACACUUUUUUGUUUGAGUUCUUGAUUUUUGUAUCUUAACUUUAGUUGUCAAUCAUUUUGUGGUGGGUGUUUAAAAUGGAGAUUCCAUGCAAGUUCUUUAUUCUUGAGAAUCAAGUCUAUCAUGCUCAGAAAAAUGACAUAAAGGUUAAAGUUACUGUAUAUCAUGAUGACCUUCAUACAGUAUUUUUAUAACAAAUGCUAUGAAGCAAAAUAGAGGUUCCUGUCUGCUAAUAAAAGAAAGGGAACCAUAGUGUCACAAAAAGAUGUUAAAAUAUGGGACCAUUUUUGGGAAUCAUUGCAAUGAAAACUUUAAAAGUUUACACCAAAGACAUCAUCGAAGUGUUUAAUGUAAGCCAACAUUUUGUUAAUGCUCUUCGUGCAGGGCGACUAUUUAUCUUCCAAUUUGACUGGCGGUAGAUACACAUAAGCUAAUUUCCCUUUUGGGCGUGUCAUGUUUGGAGUUAAAUGAAUCUCAAUCCAUUUACAAAUUUUGCGGAGGUCAACUGUGGUUCAUAAGCUAAUUUUUCGAUCUAUUUUUUUUAUCUACUCUCUUUUUAUUUCUAAAUCUGCAAUAUAUUUGUUUUUCUCCAUAAAGUUGCUUCUUUGAAGAAUAUUAACAUAAACUUCUAUAGUAUUAAAAUAUGGCUUUUUGGAACAAUGCAUCUCACCUCAUCUUAUUCAAACUAAGCAGAAUAAUUUUGACUUAUGUCUCAUAUCUGUGCAGAAUCUCACCUUUGAAACUAUGUUUAAUACUGCUGUUGAGUGCCAUUUGAUAUACUAAUUAGUUGGCUUUUUCAAACUAUCUUUGGCUGUUAACUUAAGUUGAAUGUAUGAUUAGUUUAUGUAACAUUUGAUUGCGCUUAUUAUCUCCGAUUUUAAAUAAUUCUAUUCGUUAGUCAGUUUACAUAGUGUGGCUGGUGGAAACACUUAUCUAAUAUUUUCAUUCAAGUUCUGUAGGCGAAAGGUGAUUACAUUGAGUUUAACUAUAUUUGUAAAUAUCUUCGACUAAAAUAUGCUUAAUUGUUUUUGUGAAGGAAUGAGUCUAUUUGGGAUCUUGAUGUUAUUUGUCUUUUCAUUUCUUCUUGGGGAUCAGGUUAUGCUGUUAACUUGUGCUGCAGUUGUUUUUGGUUAUUAUCUUUUGGCCAUGGAGUUGUUGUUUGCAUCUGAUAUAUAUAAUCAUAUGAUUAUUGUACUGCUAUUAAUGUUAGAUUCGACAAGUUGUGUUACUCGAGGUUACUAAUUGUUGUACCAUUAGAUAUAAAUUGCUGAACUCCAGUGAAUCAAUUGGAGAAAGUUAAUGUAAAAAAUGUAGCUUGUGAGAGAAUCUCUGUUGACACUCAUUAUCUGUCAAAAUGACUGAUGAUGACAUUGUCUUUUUUGUUUUUUUGUUGGUAUGUGAAAUAUAUAAUGUGCUGUAUACAUUUUAUGUCUUAUCCCGGCUAUUACCUAUCGGUAUAGAUCUUAAUACAGCUUCUGUAAUUUAUAGUAUAUAAUCUUGAUAAUAUUAUUGUUGGAGUCUUCUUGUCAUUUGGCUGUUGAGCAUUAUUUCACCUUUUCCUGUUCAGCCACAAGUAAAGCUGUUUCAAAGGAAAUGGAGCGCAUUGAUCAGCUAUUUCAUGCAUAUAUGGAUAAGUCACUUGGCAUGGUUGGGGUGCCUAGCAGUUUGAGAUAUUUUAUGGGAUGGGAAAAGGAGGCUGGCGACCGCAAAAGAAAGUUUUGAUUCUAUAUUCUCAAUGCCACUGGUUCUUUUGCCUGUGGGUUUUCAGUCCGGAGGGGAUCGAGUCUUUCUGCUUAGAUGUAGGAAUCGAUCAUACUGAUGUCAGGAUACUUAUGCUUGCUUGGAAAAUGCAAGCUGAAAAACAAGGAUAUUUCACACUGGAUGAAUGGCGAAGGGGCUUGUCAGCACUUCAUGCUGAUACUAUCCUCAAGAUAAGGAAGAGACUGCAGGAGUUGGAGAAGGAGGUCAUGAGGCCAACAAACUUCUUGGAUUUCUAUGUAUAUGCGUUCUGUUAUUCCCUGGCAGAAGAAAAGCAGAAGAACAUUGAUAUCGAGAGUGCCUGUGAACUGCUCACUGUUGUUUUGGGCUUUCGGUUUCCUCUUCAAGUUGGCAAAUUUAUUGAGUAUCUCAAGAGCCAAAAUGAUUACAAGGUUAUCAACUUGGACCAAUGGACGAGCUUCCUUAGAUUUUGCAAUGAGAUAAACUUCCCGUCGUUGGACAAUUAUGAUGCCGAACUUGCUUGGCCUUUGAUUUUGGACAAUUUUGUCGAAUGGAUGCGAGAAAAACUCUAGUUUCGCCAUUUUCUAAGGGUCUAGUUUCUCCGAUCUAUCAGGGACUUCACCUUGAUCUUGCCGAGAUUGCAAAAGCUUUAUGUUCAAAUAGUUUUUUAUCCCUUUUUUUUUUAAACCCCAUGCUAUUUAAAAAAAAAAGGGUUGAGAGUUGUGUUUCUUGGUUUAGGUGCUUCGAACUCGAUCAUGUUAGGAUUUUACAUAACAAGACUUCGACAAGCAUGGUUGCCUGGUAUAAUCUCUUCACCUGUUUAAGCAUCCAUGCAAUAUUGACCUCUCAUGCAGAUUAUUUCAGUUUUGAGUAUGGAAUAAAAAUUGUCUGUUUUUUUUUAUCUUUGUUUUUUUAACUGCAAGGAAGUCAUUGGUUAUUGAACAAUUUGUCACAUGUAAUAUGGCACAACUCUCUGAAACUUGUGUGUUCUGUAAAGUGCUUGAACAUUGUUCUUAGUUAUUUUUGUAUUUUGUUCUCAAUGAGAUCUUUUACAUAGUUUAUAUA